AUGGGGCAGAAAUCCAAAGACACUUUGGCAGUGCGGCCUCAGAGCCGCUCUGGCCGCUCCCCCAGUCGCUCGCCGAAACCCAAGCACCGCAAGCCUAUGGCAGCUGCGGCACCCAAGAGUUAUGCCUCGGAUGGCGUGAAGAACAACGACAUCUUCAAGCUUCCCGGCUCAGACUACAAGCUAGUUGUGCUGGUCACUAUGAUUGCGGCAGCUGUUCGUCUGUUCAGAAUUUACCAACCCACCAGCGUUGUCUUUGAUGAAGUCCACUUCGGUGGUUUUGCGUCCAAGUAUAUCAAAGGGAAAUUCUUCAUGGAUGUUCACCCUCCUCUGGCUAAACUGCUGAUCACCCUGGCUGGCUGGCUGGCCGGUUUUGACGGAAACUUCGACUUCAAGGACAUUGGCAAGGAUUAUCUGGAGCCUGGCGUUCCAUAUGUGGCAAUGCGCUUGCUACCAGCAAUUUUGGGUAUUCUGACUGUUCCUUUGAUGUUCUUCACUCUUAGGGUCACUGGAUGCCGGACCUCCACUGCUGUUAUGGGUGCUGGCGUCGUAAUCUUCGACAACGCUUUGGUCACUCAAUCUCGUCUUAUUCUUCUUGACUCUCCAUUGAUCUUCUUUACUGCUCUGACUGCUCUGUCAUUCAGUUGCUUUACCAAUCAGCAGGAGCUGGGACCCUCCCAUGCCUUUAGUGGACCGUGGUGGUUCUGGCUGGUAUUUACCGGUCUCUCUCUCGGCGCUACUCUUAGCGUCAAGUGGGUCGGCCUUUUCACUAUGGCGUGGGUUGGAUCCCUUACGGCUCUCCAGUUGUGGGUGCUGCUGGGCGAUUCCAAGACUGUCACACCGCGCCUGUGGUUCAAGCACUUCUUCUCCCGAGUCUUCUGUCUCAUUGUCAUCCCUCUUGGGUUCUACCUUGCCAUGUUCGCUGUUCACUUCAUGUGCUUGGUCAACCCUGGAGAAGGUGACGGUUUCAUGUCUUCGGAAUUCCAGGCAACAUUGAACUCCAAGUCUAUGCAGGAUGUUCCCGCAGAUGUCUCCUUCGGUUCGCGAGUCAGCAUUCGUCACCUGAACACCCAGGGUGGCUACCUGCACUCUCACCCUCACAUGUACCCCACUGGCAGCAAGCAGCAGCAAAUCACCCUCUACCCUCACAAGGAUGAGAACAACUUGUUCCUUUUGGAGAACCAGACUCAGCCUCUUGGUCCGUAUGGAGAGGUUGAGGGUCCCUUCGCCUGGGACAACUUGACUGCUCCUGGAUUCAUCGAGGAUGGAUCUGUCAUCAAACUUUACCAUUCGAUCACUCACCGCAGAAUCCACUCCCACGAUGAACGCCCCCCGGUGACCGAGGCUGACUGGCAAUACGAGGUAUCUGCCUAUGGAUACGAAGGUUUCCCUGGUGAUGCCAAUGAUCUGUUCAAGGUUGAGAUCGUUCCGUCUAUGUCCGAGACGCCAGAAUCCAAGAAGCGUCUGCGAACUAUUCAGACCAAGUUCAAGCUGGUGCAUGUCAUGACCGGCUGUGUUCUGUUCUCUCACAAGGUCAAGCUUCCGGAUUGGGGUUGGGAGCAGCAGGAAGUGACCUGUGCCCGUGGAGGUACCCUUCCUAACAGUGUCUGGUAUGUUGAGGACAACCAGCAUCCCGCUAUGGCCUCAGACGCCGAGAGAGUCAACUACCGUAACCCUGGAUUCCUGGGUAAGUUCUGGGAGCUGCAGAAGGUUAUGUGGACCACCAACGCUGGCUUGGUUGAAUCCCACGCCUGGGACUCUCGCCCUCCCUCUUGGCCCACUCUUCUCCGUGGUAUCAACUUCUGGGGCAAGGACAACCGCCAAAUCUACCUGCUUGGAAACCCGUUGAUCUGGUGGUCUAGCACACUGGCUAUUGGCAUCUACUUCGUUUUCAAGGCUCUCUCCAUUAUCCGCUGGCAGCGCAGCUGUGGUGACUACAACAACGUCGCCUUCAAGCGUUUCGACUAUGAGAUUGGUACCAGUGUUCUUGGAUGGUUCUUCCACUACUUCCCAUUCUACCUCAUGGCUCGCCAGCUCUUCCUGCACCACUACCUCCCGGCCCUGUACUUCGCCAUCAUGGUUCUUUGCCAAGAGUUUGACUUCCUUACCAACCGUAUCCAGAGCCUUGGACUUGCUUCCAAGCCCGUGAUCGGAAAGGUUUUGAUGGCAGCAUUCCUUGGUCUCAGCGUCCUGGUUUUCACCAUCUACGCCCCUCUCGUUUAUGGAAAUCCCUGGACUCGCGACGCAUGCAACCAGGUGAAGCUCCUCGGAUCCUGGGAUUUCGACUGCAACACCUUCCACACCGACUUGAGUCAAUACAUCACUCAAUAUGUGCCCAACCCUCCCCAGGCCAUCCCAACAACCGCAGCUCAAGCUCCUCCCGCCCCGCCACCAGUCAAGGCCCAAGAGCCCGCGCCCCCCGUCGCUGAGCCCGCUGAGAGUUCCGGAGAAGCAGCCGUCACUUCGCACAAGAUCCAAGGCUCCAUGGCUCGCGUUGAAUACCGCGACCAAAACGGCAACGUUCUCCCCGAGGAUCUGGUCGCUUCUCUCCGCGCCGAAGGUAAGGUGAAGUUCGAGACUCGCUAUGAGCCCGGUCCUCGCAUGGAGAACGCCCACGAGGUCCCUGUUGUCGAUGGACAGCUCGCGCCCCCGCAUCCGGAUGUGGAGGGCCAGAAUCCUGAGACCGCUAGCGGUCCCGAGGACUCCGUGCCCCCUGAAAGCCCGGCCUCUGUGGCUGAGGGUAACGAAAGCUCCGUCGAGCAGUCUACCUCCCUGGAGGCUAAGCCUGCUAGUGAAGGCAAUGAGGCCACUAAGCAGUGA